AUGGCUCUACUACAAACUGCUACUCUGCCUCCUGCACAGCCAACCUAUGUGCUAAGAGGUCAUAAUGCACAGAUUCACAGUGUUUGCUUUGUGCGUCAUAACACCCGUCUCUUGACUGGUGACGCUGAAGGCUGGCUCGUCCUAUGGAACCUUGCUUCCAGGCGACCUGUCGCUGUAUGGAGGGGUCAUUCUGCUGCUAUUCUAGCCCUCUCAAGUUGGGCAGAUGACAGGCUGAUUACGCAUGGGAGAGACAGUAAAUUGCAUGUUUGGCAACUGAAAGCAUCAGACGAAUCCACCUUCUCUGUUGUUCUUCCCGUAGAAGACGCUAUUGCACCCCGUCAUGAGCCAUGGCUGUUGCAUACGAUUUCGGUGAACACUCUCAACUUCUGUUCAUUCUCCGCAUGUGAAGUCUCUCCAUCAGAAGCUGCUCAACUAUGUCCUGAUACCAUCGAUAAAGCCCUUCUUGUUGCUGUUCCAGGAGAUACUGAAGGCGAUGUUGACGUUUAUUCUUUGCCCUCUAAAGCAAAGCUCAGUACUAUCCGUGCCCCUAGCACUACCAAGCUAGGCAUGGCCAUGUGUGUGAAGAUCUUGAAUCAGGAUGGUCAACUUGUGUUAAUAGCAGGCUAUGAGAGUGGGCAUUGCUGUCUGUGGCGUUCCGACCCAGAAAAAAUCCAAUGGACCUUGCUGUCAACCAUCAAAAGUCACAGUCAGCCAAUUCUCUCACUAGAUGUCGCGCGUGGUCUUCAAAGAUACUAUACAUCUGCUGCAGACGCUACUAUUGCUUGCUACACUCUUACAGACCUGACAGCAUCUCAGCCUACCAAGACAGCUCAAACCAAACACUCUGGCCAGCAGUCUCUUCAUGUUCGAUCUGACGACAAGAUCUUUGCCACAGCCGGUUGGGACGGAUGUGUACGCGUGUACUCUGCAAAAACCAUGCGUGAACUUGCUGUGCUAAAGUGGCACAAGCAGGGCUGCUAUGCCCUAGCAUUUGCAGACCUUUCCUCAGGAGAGACCGAAACUCCGGCAGCUGGAAACACAAAUUCAGACCAGGCACAAGCUUCUACUUCGCUUCAAACAGUCGGACAGAGACGCGAGACUAAAGCUCAGACAACACACUGGAUAGCUGCAGGGUCAAAGGAUGGAAAAGUUUCGCUUUGGGAUAUCUAUUGA